UCCUUUUUUGCCCCUUUUUUGCCCUAGCCCAAUUUAUUUUCUCAUUGCUUGGCGCAGCGAAAGCAGACAAUUUGCCAAGCGCUCAAGUCUCAAGCUCUUCAUCCACUGUUUGCACGGUCCAGGCACGCGAGUCUUUUGGUCGGUGCUGCCCAGAAACGCACUCCAGCUGUCAAGCUCGCCAAUCCAUUUCCGAUGGCAAGCGCUUGGACAAAUAUGAGCUUUGCAAUCAUACAUAGGGAUAUAGAGAGGGAGUGGGAGAAUCAUUUUGGAGUUAUGGGUAUUAUUUUUUAUUAUUGGAGAUUCUUGCUCACUCUCAGAAGAUCUAUACAUCUGCUAAAAUUCUGGAGAGGAUGAGGAGAUCAAAUUUUAUUUCAAUAUAAAUAUUGCUUUGGAGCAUCUUGGAGCAAAUGAGCAAUGGAGCUUGUGGAGCACGGCUCACCUCAAGGAUUGCUCUCUUGUAAAAAGUUUGCAGCCGGAGUCUUCUGUUGUCAAAUAUGAGUGGUCGAUUUUCUCGCACAAUCUACGUUGGCAACCUACCCUCAGAUAUAAGAGAAUCAGAGGUUGAAGAAUUGUUCUAUAAGUAUGGCCGCAUAGUGGAUAUUGAAUUGAAGAUUCCACCUCGCCCUCCGUGUUAUUCGUUUGUUGAGUUUGAGAGUUCUCGUGAUGCAGAAGAUGCAAUCAGAGGGCGUGAUGGGUAUAACUUUGACGGUUGCCGUUUAAGGGUGGAGCUUGCCCAUGGUGGUAGGGGCCCAUCUUCAAGCGAUCGUCGUGGUGGAUAUGACAGAGGCAGCAGUGGUGGAGGUAGCGGUGGUGGUCGCUUUGGUGCUUCACGUCAUUCUGAAUAUAGGGUUAUUGUUCGUGGCCUCCCUUCUUCUGCUUCAUGGCAAGACCUGAAGGACCAUAUGCGAAAAGCUGGUGAUGUGUGUUUUGCUGAGGUUUCUCGUGACAGCGAAGGGACUUAUGGUCUAGUUGAUUAUACCAAUUCUGAUGACAUGAAAUAUGCUAUUCGGAAACUUGAUGAUACAGAAUUUAAAAAUCCUUGGACAAGAUCUUAUAUUCGGGUUAAAUUGUACGAGAGCAGUCCGUCAAGGAGCCGGAGUAGAAGUCGUAGCAGAAGCAGAAGUGUGAGAAGGAAUCAGAGUAAGUCUCGGGACCGAUCCGUCUCAAGAUCAGUAUCAAGAUCUAGGUCUGCAUCACCUGUCAAAUCCUCCAGGCCAAGAUCAAGGUCAGGGUCAGAAUCUCCCCGUCCGGUGCGGUCGGGUAGCGGCUGAUCCUCUGGCAAGUCAUCCUCACGCCAUCCUUGGUGUUAGAUGCAAAGAUUUUUCGUAAUUAAGAAACCUUAAUUGGCUUAUUAUGGCCAGUAUGUGUGGUUUUGAUAAUGCCUAGUGAUUAUACUAUGGAAUGGUUAUUACGUUUGUUGUUCUCGAGAGUACUAGGGGUUUUAUCGUUUGGUUUUUUUCUUGUUUGGUCGUUUUGAUUCUAUGUGCCCGAAACAAGACAUAACCUUAUUGGUAUGAAGGUUGGGACGCUAACUUUAUUUUAAGCUAUACCAUUUUGGAACCUAUUGGUAUGAAGGUUGUGGCACUAAAUUUA